AUAUGUGUACAUGCACACAUCUUGUCCAAACCAAUAGCUUGACACAACUGUUAUAUAUAUCAGCCCCUGCAUGGGCUCUCUCUCCCUCUCUCUCUCUCUCUCUUCUGUCUCUACCUCACCUCCCUCUUUUCCUUUCUCUCCCCCAUUUUUCCUUUCACCCCCAAGCGUUCAAGGCAGAUGCUGCACAUUUUUGAGUCAAGUUCUGCCAGAGAUUCCUGUUAAAAGGGAGGGUUUUUUCUCGCUCAGCCAGUGCCUACAUAUGUAUGUGUUCAUAUACACCGUCUUCUUCUGAUAUAGUCUUCUUUAAAGUUAUUGCUUUGUGCACUGGGACACAGUCAUGUUGAAAUAGAAAAGGGGUUUCCUCAAACUGUUGCCACAGAGAUGGAAGCAAAGCAUUGUCCUAAAUGUCACUGUAUGACUGUUAAGAUUGUCCUUCACUGGAGACAAGGAGCCUUGACCAAAGCCUGAAUUCAAUACUCAACAGGCCAAAUAUUUUUAUCAUAGUCUAUGAAGCUUUUAUUUUACUAAUGUUCAGUUUCACCUGGUUUAUGUUCGAAACAACUGCUCUUAAGUUAAGGCCUUUAGCAUUUUAUGGGGCAACAACAGUGGUCCAGAAGAAUGCCAAAGGUUCCAAGUGUGAACCUGCAGGGACUUGCACACUGGUUUCUUAUCUGGGAGGUGCACAGAGGAGGAACAGGCUUUGUCUCCACUGCCCAGGAUUCCAAUUAUGCCCCGUCUGAGACGAGAUGAGCGCAUCGUGGACAGAGACAUGGACAGAGAGUUGACCCUCAGAGCAAGCAGUCCGACCGAAGUGACGAGUCCUUGUCGCCAGAGGCAGAAACAGAAAGUUCAGAAACAACUCUCAGAGGAGGGAUCCAUGUUGGUUGAGGAUUUAGUCCCCAUCUCUCCAGAGCUGGCCAACUGGAUCAAACUCAACUCCAAAGGUCUCAAAAUCCGAAAGAAAGACCGCCAAUGGGCUUCAGAGGUGGUCAACGACUUCAGAGAAAACCUGCUGAAAUUCCUGAGGAGCUGCACUAAAGAGCCCUUUUUCCAGUCGGCUGAAUUCCUCAACACUGGCAGCUACUUUGAGAAAGUCAAGAUCCACAGUCCAGAUGAGUUUGACAUGAUGCUGAAGCUUCAGUCUCCUGCACGUCUCGAUAUGAAGGAGCUCGACGGCGGCCUCUUUUACCAGCUGGACCUCAACCAUCAGUCUCGCGGCCCCAUUCAAGCCUUUCUGCUGGACAAUGAGCGAACCCUCUCAUCAAGCAAGAUCCUGAAGACGAUGUAUCGCCUGGUCCGACAGUUCCUCAAGACCUACAAAGUGCCGGAUGAACUCUGUCAUUGGGAGGUAAACCGGAAGCGUCCCACUUCACCAGCCGUGACUUUGUCACUGUACAAAAGCGAGGAUGUCGACGAGGAGCUCAUGUCCUUGGACUUGGUUCCUGCUCUGGAGAUUCACCCAUCUCAGGGCUGGCCAGCUGUGGUCCGUAGCGGUCCAGAUGUGAAGAACUGGCUGGGGAAGAAGGUUCGCCUUGAGAUCAAAAGUCUGCCCUGUUACUUUGUCCCAAAGAGGAUGAAAGGACGAAACAUCAGUGAUGAAGCCAAAGAGAGCUGGAGGAUUUCUUUCUCUCACAUCGAGAAGAAAAUGAUGACAUAUCAUGGCAACACGAAAACCUGCUGCGAGAGCAACGCCACCAAAUGCUGCCGGAAGUCAUGUUUGAUGCUCCUCAAAUCUCUAAUUGAGGGUCUGAAACAGCGUUUUCCGAAAGAGCUCGAUGACCUCUGCUCGUACCACGGGAAGACUGCCUUCCUCCACACUCUGUCUGUCAGGUUCGACGACUCGAUGUGGGCUUGUGAGAAGCUGCCUGGCUGCUUCCUGUACCUGCUCGGGGAUCUGGAGGACCACGCGCGCAGAGGCUCUCUCCCUCACUUCUUCGUCCCUGAUUGCAACCUCUUCUCUCCGCUCGUCUUCCCACGCCGGACGCUGGCUUUCCUUGUCAACGCCUUGGUGGAGCAGAAGAGGGAGGGCCUGCCACUGCUGAAGCCUCCAGCCCCUGUCUCACCUCUGAAACUUAGAACCUCUCACUCUGAGGACUCAUCUGUGCUGACUGAGGAUCAACCAACAAACUCACUCCUUUCACACCUGAAUGAACUUCCGAUUUUUAUUGUAGCAUUGGUUGUUGUCGUGUUUCUUAUGUAUGUGAAUAAAUAAGGACACGAAGCACACAAAUUCUAUAAAACCUGGUAACAAUAUUCAUCAACUGUUAGUUUCCCUUGUUAAAGACAAGAGUUUUGGCACUUUGAGACAAUACUUAAGAUUGACAUGUCUUUCUUUUGUAAAUCUAAUUUAUUGGUGAAAUUAUUAUUCUUCUUUUUCUAUU